AUGGCAACCACCGCCCAGAUGCAGAGACCGGCUUACCCGCCCAUUUACCAUACUCCGCAAUCCAAUUCACCCGCGUCGGUGGCAUCGCAGCCUCAUGACCCGCAUGGCCGUCACAUGUACACCCAAUCUCCCCAGAUGCCGCACCAAAUGUACGGUUAUCCGCCAUAUGGGCCGAUCAACCCAGUGCAGCCGUCGCCGUAUGCGACACAUGGCCCGCCUGCACAGACGCACCCUCUCACCUCCCAACCCAUGAUGAUGCCGCCCCAAACAACGACGGCGGCGCAUAUUUCGCAGCAUCAAUCUCAGCACGCAUCGGCGCCGUCCCUGUCCAGCAGUCCAAUCUUGAAGAUGGAUUCCACUCAGAAUACGUCCAUGCAACGUCCAAUGCUCAAUCCGCCGCUCUUCUCACCGUCCCAGGUGAGUAUGCCAAGCGGCGGUAUCCAUCAGAUAUCGUCAGCAGGAACGAGCUCGAGUGCGGCCCCUGGGCCCAUUCCCGCCACCACACCCCUCGUAGUGCGACAGGAUAGCAAUGGGGUUCAGUGGAUUGCCUUUGAAUACUCGCGUGACCGUGUCAAGAUGGAGUACACCAUUCGCUGUGAUGUCGAGUCCGUGAACGUGGACAAUCUCAGUCAAGACUUCAAGACGGAAAAUUGCGUCUACCCACGGGCCUGCUGCAGCAAAGAUCAAUACCGCGGAAACCGACUGGUCUACGAGACCGAAUGCAAUACGGUAGGAUGGGCACUCGCGGAGCUGAAUCCUUCAUUGCGUGGCAAACGAGGGCUCAUCCAGCGAGCGGUAGACAGCUGGCGCAAUAGCAACCAGGAUCAGCGUCUGCGUAGCCGACGAGUGCGUCGUCAAGCCAAGGCCAACUAUCGCAAGCAAUCCACAGCUCCCCCUACACCGCACAUGCCCACGGCCAUGGGUCUUGGCUCCGGGUUGCCGAGCGUCCCGGCCAUGUCCGGUCAUCAAGGUCCACGCCACAGUCUGUCUGGGCCCGGAACGAUGCCUGGCAUGGCACCACCGCAGUUGCACCAUCAUCACCACACCCAUCUGGACGGCAGCCCCAAGAUCGAGGAAGUUAGCGGCCCUACCGAACUCCCCGAUGCUAGCCAGCGUCGCGAUGACCCUGCCGCCACGCCCGCCGUACCCGUGACUGCUGACCUUCGACCGGCGCAGACCUUCCACGACGCGUCCAGACACCCGCCGUCUACGAGCACGAGACCAUCAACUUUGCUUCACGAUAGCGGCCUUGGUGCGCUGCCACCCUCACGUACCAUUGCAACCUCAACAAGGCAAACGCGCGCCAAUGAUUCUAAUAACAGCGAGGGCGACGAGCUCAGCCCAAGCAACGACGACCUCUUUGGUGCUCUACCCGCCGGCAAGCGACGAACGUUCAUACUGGUCGAGGAUCCGCAGCGUGGAGCUCGCGUCCGCGUCAAGGUCACCUUGGAUAAAGUCAACAUGGACGAGAUCCCCGAUUCGUAUCGCAAAGCGAAUGCCGUUUAUCCGCGUACCUACUUCCCUAUCCAGAUGAAGGAUGCCCCGGGGGCCAGUGUGCCCCAUUCGCGGUUUAGUCGCGACGACGCCGAGCUCGGCGACGAUGCCGAUGUUGCCGUUGGUCGAACGAUUGUGCUGGCGCCGUCCCUGGAUGGGGACUAUGAGAUUGAGGUCCCGCAGCUUUCACGUCGGCGUCAUCGCAAGGAAAUUCUGCUGAAUGAUCUCAGCUAUCGACUGAGUUGGAGCCAGAGCCGAGUAUUUGCGGAACGAAUGCUCUUCUUACAGAGAUCCCACCCCGUACCCUUGCGACAUAAUUUUCGGGAGGCAAAGAUCGCAACUGUUGCAAAUCAAGAUGGGCUAACAUCUGGAACCUUUUUUUUUUUCUUUUCUCCCAUUCUUUUAGUUGACGCCUACCGAAACAAGAUGCGCAGCAGUAUUCUGGCCGCUGGAUCAGACCCGUCCGAGGUACCGGACCAUCUUGACACUCGCCGCGGGAAACGACGAUUUCUGCAGCGUUGUGCGCAGUCCGAUGACGAGGGGGGGAUAGAGUCGGGGUCGGGGGGUGCGUCUCGUCGAGCGGUGGAGGAGAUUGAGUAA